AAAAAAAUAAAAGGAGACCACUGUAAAUCAGUCGAGCUAAAUUAUUUAUCUUUCUCCUGUACACCCUCUUGUUUUCCUCGUUUCUCUUCCCCCCCCUCACCUCCGCUUCUCUCCCCUCUCCCCCAUUUCUAGCAUUGUCUCUAAUUUGAGUGGGGAAUCACCGCAUGCGGUGAUAUCCAUUUCUCGAAUCUCCCAACUCCCCUCACUCCCCCUCCAUCUCAUCUCACCUACUGCGCAUUCGGUUGCGUAGCAAACCAUUGUCAAUAUGGCCUCCGUUUCGACCGCUGGAGAAGCAGUGGCGAGGAUCGCCUACUUGACCAGUGAUGUCGUCCUCUCCGUUCAACCCUCUCUGCAGGCAGACUCCUUGUUCUCCAAGACCUUGAAGACUCUGAAGGCAAAGAACACUUCCAGCGUUCUGCCCAGAAGCAAACCAGAGGUCGUUGCUGUGCGAUACAACGAGGACCCUCUUCUCUCGACCUUCCACCCGCUGCAGACUGGCAAUGCUGUGUCCGUGGUCACCAGCUCUUCUGCUCUCCUCUCCUCGAUUCCUCACCUCUACCGCUUGGCGAACAGCCCAGUUGUUCUCCAUGUCGCCCUGGAGCCCUACCCUUUCCCCGACUACUCCGUAAUCAGCUCCAUCAGGCAAUGUGGCUUCACCUUCCUGCAUUCGGAGACCCUUCAGGAGGCUCAGGAUAUCGCUAUCACCGCACAUGCCUUGGCCCGCAAGUCUGGUAAGGGUGUCAUUCACUUUUUCGACCCUGCCAACUCCGCCCGUGAUGAGGCUAUCACACAGGAAAAUGCCGAUGUCGUACGAUCUCUGUUGAACCUGGCCUCGGGCACCGCCACUCACACCCCCGGACUGGGUGUCCAGACCCUUUACACUGAUUCGGGUCGGGUCGCCACCGUCUCUGAGGAAGCCGCUGAGAGCACGAAUGAGCAGACCGAGGGCACCUCUACCCCUGCUCAAGCCUCGCAGCUCUCCGCCAGCGUGAGCAUUGACAACUCCUCCGUUGGCUCCUCCCGCCGGGACAGCAGCACCGACAGCCGCGGAACAAGCUCUGCCGCCACCACCGUCGAUGCUUCUUCCGUACGUCCUGUCAAUGCUGCCGACAUUUUCGAGUGGACUUCUCAAAUCUGGAAGGACUUGUCUGACGCUGUUGGACGCACUUACCGUGCUAUUGAAUACACGGGUCCUUCUGAUGCCAAGUCGGCCAUUUUUGUCUUCGGUUCGACCGGCGUCUUUGUGGAUGUGCUGGGCAAGGAGGAGGCUGGAGAGCUCAGCAGUGUGGGCCUCAUCACUGCCCGCCUGUACCGCCCAUGGAUCGGCGGCCAGAUCAUUAACUCCAUUCCCAGCUCCGUGGAGAAGAUUGCCGUCUUGGAACAGGUUCGCAAGACCACCAAAUGGGGUCCUUCUUUCAUGGACCUGCUCUCCAGUCUCUCUCCUGCUGCCGGUCGGCCUACCCCUCAGAUUGUUGGCUACAGGCUGGGUUACGUUGAGCCUUCGACUGCGGUCCAGGCUCUCCGUGGCAUUGUUCAGAACUUGACCUCCGCUUCGCCCAUCCAGAACCUGGAAGUUGGAAGCUCCAAGGUGCCUGCCCUCCAGAGCUCUCUCGAGCAGCCCCACCUUGAGAACGCCUACCUCAAGAUCCUGAACCAGCUUUUCGGUGAACGCCUUCACGUUGCCAACCAGCUGGGUUCCAAGAAUGCCGGUAUCUCCGCCACUAUUGCUGCCAGCCCUGAGUACGGAUUUGGUGCGCUAAUUGCCCGAUUGGAGCACCGCAAGCGCUUCAUCCGCGAGGUCGAAGAAGCCUCCAAGGCCACUACGUUCGCUACCGACGUUCCCCGCACUUGGCUAUCCAAGUGGGCUCUGAGUGCCGCUGAUGCAUCCAAGGCUAACAAGUUGGCCCCCGAUGUUAUCGCUCGCUUGUCCAACGACGGCUCCCAGCUCGCUAGAACGCUUCUGGCCUCCAAAAAGCUUUUCUACGAUGAGUCUUUGUGGCUGAUCGGCUCUGACGCCUGGGCUUACGAUCUCGGAAACUCUGGUGUUCACCACGUUCUCGCCUCCGGCGCCAACGUGAACAUGCUUAUCAUCGACUCCCAGCCUUAUUCGGAGCGCACCGCGGCCGAUCCCACCCGCAGAAAGAAGGAUAUUGGGUUGUACGCUAUGAACUACGGCAAUGCCUAUGUGGCUUCCGUCGCUGUGUAUGGCUCCUACACCCAAGUGCUCCAGGCUAUGGCCGAAGCCGAGAAGUUCGAGGGUCCCUCCGUCAUUGUCGCCUACUUGCCCUACAACCAGGAGAACGAUUCUGCCCUGACUGUUCUUCAAGAAACCAAGAAGGCUGUUGACCUUGGAUACUGGCCUUUGUACCGCUGGAACCCUGCCAAUGAGGAGAAGGGCGAGUCCAAGUUCAUCUUGGACUCUGAUCGCAUCAGACGCGAGCUCGAGGAGUUCCUGCGCCGAGACAACCAGCUUACGCAGCUCACGAAUCGUCAACCCAAAUUCUCCCCCGUUCUUGCUGAGUCGUAUGGCACAGAAGUCCGCGCUUUGCAGAAACGCCAAGCCAAGGACUCUUAUGAGAAGCUGCUCGAAGGUCUCUUUGGUGCUCCGUUGACCAUCCUUUUCGCUUCGGAUGGUGGCAAUGCCCAGAACAUUGCCAAACGUCUCGGCAACCGUGGUCGUGCUAGAGGUCUCAAGACUAUGGUGAUGGCCAUGGAUGACUAUCCCACCGAGGACCUCGCCACUGAGGAGAACGUGGUUUUCAUCACCAGUACUGCUGGUCAGGGAGAGUUCCCUCAGAAUGGUCGUGGCCUCUGGGAAUUUGUGAAGAACUCUGGCGACUUGGAUCUGUCUUCGAUCAACUACUCCGUCUUUGGUCUCGGUGACAGCCACUACUGGCCCCGCAAGGAGGACAAGAUCUACUACAACAAGCCCGCCAAGGAUCUCGAUGCCCGCGUUGCCUUCCUCGGAGGUCGCAAGCUUGCUGAUAUUGGUCUGGGUGACGACCAGGACCCCGAUGCUUAUCAGACUGGCUACUCUGAAUGGGAGCCGCGCCUCUGGCAGGCUCUCGGAGUCGACAAGGUCGAGGGUCUUCCUGAGGAGCCUGCUCCGUUGACCAACGAAGAUAUCAAGAUCCAGUCCAACUUCCUGCGUGGUACCAUUGCCGAGGGUCUGUUGGAUGAGACCACUGGUGCCAUCUCGGCCAGUGACCAGCAGCUGACCAAGUUCCACGGAACCUACAUGCAGGAUGACCGUGACGUUCGCGAUGAGCGCAAGGCCCAAGGACUUGAGCCUGCUUACAGCUUCAUGAUCCGUUGCCGUCUGCCCAGUGGUAUCGCCACUCCUUGGCAGUGGCUGCAGAUGGAUGCUAUCAGCAGCUCGCACGGUAACGAGACCAUGAAGCUCACCACCAGACAGACCUUCCAGUUCCACGGUGUUAUCAAGCGCAACCUUCGUGGCGCUAUGCGUGCCAUUAACAAGUCCCUGAUGACUACAAUUGCGGCCUGCGGUGAUGUCAACCGUAACGUCAUGUGCAGUUCCCUUCCUGAGCUCUCCACCUUCCACCGCGAAGCUCACGCUGUUUCCCAAAGGAUCAGCGACCACCUCCUCCCCGCCACCUCUGCUUACCACGAGAUCUGGCUCAAGGACGACGACGACAAGAAGGUUCAGGUUGCCGGAGACGCUGUCGUUGACCACGAACCCCUCUACGGCCCUACCUACCUUCCCCGCAAGUUCAAGAUCACGAUCGCUAUUCCCCCUCACAAUGACACCGACGUCUAUGCUCACGAUAUUGGUUUGAUCGCCAUCAAGGGUGCUGACGGGCACCUGGAGGGCUUCAACAUCAUUGCCGGUGGUGGUAUGGGUACCACACACAACAAUAAGAAGACCUACCCCCAGACUGGACGCAUGUUCGGCUACGUCCCUGCGGAUCAAGCCCAUAUCGUCUGCGAGAAGAUCAUGCUCGUCCAGCGUGACAACGGAGACCGCAAGAAUCGUAAGCACGCUCGUCUCAAGUACACCAUCGACGACAUGGGCGUCCCUGCCUUUAAGGAGAAGGUUGAGGCUCUCCUCCCCGAGGGACUGCGGUUCGCCGAACCCCGUCCUUUCAAGUUCGACUCCAACGUGGACACCUUCGGCUGGCUAAAGGAUGAGAAGGGUCUGAACCACUUCACCUGCUUCAUCGAGAACGGUCGUAUCGAGGAUACCGCCGAUUUCAAGAUGCGCACCGGUCUGCGCGAGAUCGCCAAGCUUGACAAGGGCGAGUUUCGCCUUACCGGUAACCAGCACGUGAUCAUCUCCAACAUUAAGGAUGAGGAUCUGCCUGCGGUCAAGGAGUUGAUGGCCCAGUACAAGCUCGACAACACCGCGUUCAGCGGCCUGCGUCUGUCGUCUUCUGCUUGUGUUGCCUUCCCCACCUGUGGUCUUGCCAUGGCUGAGUCCGAGCGCUACCUGCCAGUGCUCAUCGGCAAGCUGGAGUCCACGCUGGAGGAGGUUGGUCUCGCUCAGGACAGCAUUGUCAUGCGUAUGACCGGUUGCCCCAACGGUUGCGCCAGACCUUGGCUUGCUGAGGUUGCCUUCGUCGGUAAGGCGUACGGCGCGUACAACAUGUACCUGGGCGGUGGCUACCACGGCCAGCGUCUGAACAAGCUGUACCGCUCCUCCAUCAAGGAGGACGAGAUCCUUGACAUCAUGAAGGGUCUACUUAAGCGCUACGCUGCCGAGCGCGAGACCGAUGGCGAGGUUCCCGAGCGAUUCGGAGACUGGUGUAUCCGGGCGGGUGUGAUCAAGGCGACGACCGAUGGACAGAACUUUCACGAAGGAGUUGCCGAAGAAGAUGAAGAAGAGUAGAUGUUCGUCUAUGAGCGUUUUUCUCCUUUGCAUUGUUUAGAGAAUAUUUAUUUGGACGAACUGUUUAUGAUCUAGGAUGAUGAUACAGCUAGCUCUCUUGUACAUACUUUUUGAUGACUAAUUGCUGCAAUAUCUGAAGCAUUAAUAUGAACC